CGCACCAGCAUCUUCCCGAGUGCUUGCUGCUUUGUUUCUGACUGAGUUGGGUCCACGACCGAGUCCUCACAUCCCGAAUAAUGGUUCUGUCAUUCGCCGCCUGGUUCUUGAUUGCCCUCGCACUGCGUCACACCUGUGUCGCGGUGUCCAUGUGUCCGACCGGAUGGCAAGACUACAACAAUCACUGCUACUUCUUUGGAACGGACAGUAGGUGCUGGACCCAGGCUGAGGACUAUUGUGUGUCCAAGGGAGGCCACCUGGCGAGCAUUAGGGACCAACAGGAGCAGGACUGGCUGACGCAGCGAACAGUGAAAAGUCUUCUCUACUGGAUUGGCCUGCGACAUGCAACGCCUGAGGGCAGCGUGUGGGAGUGGACGGACGGAACGCCUUUCUCCUACUCGGUCUGGUACCCCGGUCAGCCAGACAACAACAAAGGCGAGCAAAACUGCGGUGAGAUGCGGCCGACUGAUGGUGGUCGCUGGCAUGACUACGAAUGUGACUAUCUCCAGCGCUACAUCUGCAAGCUGCCCAAGGGCAUGUGCGCAAGCCCCACCAAUGGGGCGCCUUGUUCCUCUCAGGACAUGACGUGCGAGUGCAAGCUCGCCAUGACAUUCAGCGCGACCGGUGGCUUCCAAGGUGUCUUCGGCGGUCUCAGCGUGGGCCGCAAACUCGUCAUCGAGGGACAGUCCACUCGCGAAGCAACCAAACUGGUGAUCAACCUGGACGUGCGUGAGAGCAGCGGCAAGGAGACGGGUAGCACGGCGCUGCACCUGAACUUCAACUUUGGCACCAAGAGCUUCAUCGUCAACGCCAAAGUCAGUGACAAGUGGGGCAGUAAGCUGACCGGGAGCCUUCCCCAACAACACCCCUUCGGACCAGGACUCGCCUUUAAGAUUGUCAUCAAGUGUGGCAGUGGCGCUUUCCAGCUGACCUUCAACGGCGAGCCCCAGCAGGACUUUGAUUAUCAAGUUCAGGACCUGCAAAGUAUCAACUGGCUGUUGAUGUGGCAAGUGACGCAGAGCCACGUCCGGCUGAUGUGACCACGCGCCCAUCCGAGCACUGCUUCCUGUCUGGGCGUCGUUACGCCGACAGCAAUCGGCUCCAUUCGGACGUGUUUUUUUUUUUCUUAUUGUUUCUUUAGAGGUCGCCACCAUUUGUUGUUCACUUUAGAAUAACUGCAAGAUAAUCUCACGGUACAUUUUCACAGCGUUGAGGCCAGACGACGGCGUCUAAGCGUGCUUAUGUGGUACAAGUAUAAACACAUUUUAAUUUAAUCCACAUGUUCUGAUGAGUUCUCUGACUUUUUGAAGUGAUGAUUUAAACAUCCAUUCGUGCAACUGACUAUGUAAACAUGUUUGAACCAGAAUAAAGGCAUUGGCUCUUUCACUUGAUUUUGCUCCAUAUACUGUAUAUCCGCGUGUGUGUGCUGCGAGUGUGGUCCACUUCAG